UUGCAAAAACAUCGACGAAAUAGAAACUUCUUUAAAGGAAACAAACUCCAGAUUACGUCUGCGUGACUCCUGCAUGACUUUACAGCUCACUUUAAGUUAGUUUGUCAUAGCUAAUUAAAAGUCAGCUAUUCAUCGAAAUCCUCCAAAAAAGCUAACUGCAAGUUGGUUAUUUUUUAUCAAUUGAUCAUUUUUUCUGCAGGGUAUGUUUAUCUACUCAGACAGAUCGGGUGUGUUGUGUUUUGUAUGCUGAAGUUUGGCGCUGGUGCUGCCGUUUUGCUACACAUUCACCACAUUCUGCUUGGUGUAUCGUCGUCCACCAACCUUUGGCUGGCAGACAAAGUAUUUAGCUGCUCGAAACAACCGGCCAGCUGUGCAUAUAAGCAUUGCUUGCUUGGUAGACAACAGAAUGUUUUUCCAGUUUUCUUUUAGUAUGAAUUGAGCGCGCAAAUUGUAUGGACGUGAAAACUGUGGCAGCGAAGUCAAAGUCAAAGUCAGAGGCGAUUUUCUUUUCUCAUUAGGCGUGCUAAGACAAUGAUUGAUAUGGAAUAGUUUAACAAGAGCAGAAUAUUUUGCAUUGGAACUUUUUUUUGUGGAAAGAAUUGUUGGACGAACUUUUGGAAAAUUUAUAUCUACAUAAUUUUCUAUGCAAAAAUAAUAUUUAAUGCUAAAAGAAUAUAAGAAAAUGUUCGCAGAUUUGCAAACCGGUGUUUAAAUAGACUUUUGACUUAAGCUUUGAACUAAAAAGCAGCGCGACCACGUGUACACUCAAGCAUGAGCUGAAGUAAGAGAAUUUGAGUGAAGUUAACGCAAAAUAAAAGUGACGAAAAAAUAAAAUAAAGUUUUGCGGCGCUAAAAAAGCAAAGCUUCUUGCAAAAGCAUGUGCACGUUGAACUAGAAUUUUUUUGUAGAAUAAAAUAUAAAAAUUAUAUAAAAAUAAAAAUACAAAAAAAAAACAAAUAACCGCAAGAAUUCCAGCAACAAAAGGCUCAUUUGCGCUAUAUGUACAUACUUAGGUAUAUGUAUGCAAAACGCGCCUUAAAAAUAUUCUUUUUUUGUUUUUGUACCUACUUUAAAUACAUUUGUUUUUGUAACGUUGCUGACAAUUCCGCUCAUCGUAUUCAAGAGCGCGCCAGUGAAACUAGUAAAUAACAGCUUUCGUUAUUCAAAAUGCAAAUUUCGUCAACGUUGGCAAACUGAUAACGCACUGGGGUGUGUGCGUACGCGAGUAAAUGCGCCACGCUGCCUCAACCCAGCAGUUAAUGUGAAGCGGGAAUAGUAGUAGUGAAUUUAAAUGACACAUGCGAAAAAACAAACUAUCUGAAAAUAAACGAACAAAUAAAAUACCAAAAGAACUAGCAAAGCUAAGAAGCAAAAGAAAAAAUUGCUAUUUAACGGCCAUAAACAAGGCAAACAGGGGGCACAAGCGUCAGCGUGAGCGUGAAAAAGAGUGCUUAUGUGUAUACAACUCGCGCGGCUGAUGCAAUACACCGCUGUGAUUGCUAACAACAAACACGGAGAUUAGUGAAACUAUAUAAAAACAUAAUUAGAAAGUAAACCAAAAUCUUCAAACCCCCAAAGAAAAGAAGCAAACAGCAUUCCUGCGCAUGCGUACAAUCUUCCUUUUUUACACCCUUAAGAGCUUAAGCACCUUCGAAACCGAAAAAUCUAACUCAAAUCCUAUACAAAACAACCCUUAUUCCCAGCUCAUACCUUGAGCAGCAACGCUCAACGAACAUCACACAUCCUACAUUUUCCAAUUUUCUUGCCUCUAAUUGAGUUAGCAGGCAGCACAAUCGGAAGUCUCACACAAAACACGCUCACAAACUCUCAACACAACACAAUGGCUCGCAUACAGCCUGGUGAUAAUGUAACUCCGCGCCCCCUCUUCGAUACACCCGUCAAUUCGAUUGCGGAUGUGGGCGCACAACAUAAUCUCUCAACAGAUAGUUCCAGUCAAGGUUCAGGUGUAAAGCUUAAAAAACAAAUUGGCCUGCUUGAUGGUGUGGCAAUUAUUGUGGGCGUCAUUGUUGGCGCCGGUAUUUUCGUCAGUCCCAAAGGUGUGCUGCUCUACUCAGGUUCGAUUGGUCAAUCGUUGAUCGUUUGGAUUUUAUGCGGCGCAUUGAGUAUGGUUGGCGCGCUUUGCUAUGCAGAAUUGGGUACAAUGAUCCCCAAAUCUGGCGGCGAUUAUGCUUACAUCGGCACAGCGUUUGGUCCACUGCCCGCUUUCUUAUAUCUCUGGGUAGCGCUGCUUGUACUCGUACCAACUGGAAAUGCCAUAACAGCGCUCACAUUCGCACAAUAUUUGCUGCAACCAUUUUGGCCGUCAUGCGAUGCGCCCAUAGCGGCGGUACAACUGUUGGCAGCCGUGAUGACAUGUAUUCUGACAGUCAUCAAUUGCUACAACGUACGUUGGGUGACGCGUGUCACCGACAUCUUUACCGGCACCAAGGUAUUCGCAUUGCUUGUGAUAGUCGCUGCUGGCGCAUGGUAUCUCUUCGCCGGCCACACAGAUCAGUGGGAUGAACCAAUGCGUGGCACCUUCACUGCACCCGGUUUAAUAGCGCUCGCUUUCUACAAUGGUCUCUUCUCGUACUCUGGCUGGAAUUAUUUGAAUUUUGUCACAGAAGAGCUAAAGGAUCCAUACAAGAAUCUGCCACGUGCCAUAUGCAUCUCCAUGCCGGUGGUGACGCUAAUCUAUGUGGUGACAAAUGUUUCCUAUUUUUCGGUGCUCUCGCCAGACGAGAUGUUGUCUUCGGACGCAGUCGCUGUGACUUUUGGCGAUAAAAUGCUCGGCUUCAUGUCCUGGCUCAUGCCGUUCUUUGUCGCCUGCUCGACUUUUGGUUCAUUAAACGGUGCCAUAUUUGCCUCUUCGCGUCUCUUUUUUGUCGGUGCACGAAAUGGUCAUUUGCCUGCGGCGAUUUCACUCAUCAAUGUGAAUUGUUUGACGCCUGUGCCAUCGCUGAUAUUUCUGUGCGUCAUCACCUUAGUGCUGCUGUUCAUCAAGGACGUAUAUUCGCUCAUCAACUAUGUCAGCUAUGUGGAAGCGCUCUUCACGCUACUCUCCGUGUCGGGCUUGCUAUGGUUGCGUUAUAAGCAACCGAAAACAGAACGUCCCAUUCGCGUCAGCCUCGCCCUACCAAUCAUUUAUCUGCUGACGUGUCUCUUUCUUGUGAUCUCAUCCGUUUUCCAGUCACCCAUCGAAGUGGGUGUAGGCACUACCAUUAUACUCUCCGGCAUUCCCAUCUACUACCUAACCAUACAUCGACCAGUGAAAUGGCUGACCGGUCUGUCACAAGCGAUUAAUCUUUGGUGUUCAAAAUUCUUUAUUUGUAUGCCAAACCAAGAAAAGUUCGAUUAGUUUUUAAGCGUUGAGUGAUAGGUUAAGUUAAACUAAGACGAAUUACCGGAAUAAUGACAGUAGCUGUAAUUUACUGUGACAAAGUUUAGGGACAAACGCAUGAAUAAAUUAGUUGUAUUGUAUAUAAGUCGGUAAAGACCUUUUAACGAAAUGGGGUGCCUAGAAAAUCCAAUAUGUGGAAAGAUUUGUGUGCCUUCAAAUCUUCGGUUAUAAAUUAGAAAACGAAAACAAUCGAAUUGCUUUACCUCCCCACCUUAUAAAUGUGAAAAAUACAUACAUAGACACCAUAUAUAUACGAAUGUAUAAAUUCGAAGUGGGAGAGUAGUGAUAACCAUAUAAAGCUAGUUUUGUCCUAACUGAUCUAGAACAGCGAUUCACAGAGCUUUUACGCUGCAUGCGUCUAUGCAAAAUAUAAGAAAGCUUAAAAAAUACCCUACACGUUGCACUUCACCACUAUAUAUAAAGAAGUAACUAUCAGAGAGAGCUUUUAUUCGGAAUUAAACUUUAUAAAACCUAUUCAAAACUUUAAAAACCUUCUCCAGCGAGAUAUGUUUUUAUCGUGAUGACUUAAGUAUUAUAGAAAGUAUAAAAAUAUUUAACAGGUUUCGUCUGCCUUUGAAUUUACCAACCGUCAUCUAGAGCAGUGAUGCUCAAAACAGCGCCCCGGUCGGAAAUCUUCAAAGCUCUCUCUGAGCUUCACUGAUCUAGAGCCACAUAGAGCUUUUAUUCGGCGUCCUUCUACGUAGGAUUAACAGGGAGCUUAAAUAAGACCUGUACGCAUGCUUAUAAAGCAACCAACUGUGAUCUAGUGGCAUGACAGAAAAAACUGGAAAACAAAAACCACAAAAUCACCCCGCCGUCAGAGCUUUUUAAGCUUUCUGUAUAUGUAUUAUAUCAUUUGUGACGAAAAGAUACCCCCAAGUUGAAGCUUUUAAAGCUUUCUAUAGAUUGUAUAUUUAGAAAUGCGCGCAGAGCAAAACCUCUCUAUGAUCGUCACAGUCACCACAAAAAUGUAUAACCCGGGAGAAGCUUUUUAAAAACUUUCUAUAUAUUUAAUAUGGCUCCCUAGUAAAAGCUAUAUCCCAUCGUGACUGAUCGUCACUUGAAAAUACUUUAAAAGCUCGAUGACCUUAAAAUUGUAAACCGAUCUGUAAUAAAUAAAUAAUUCAUAUUUGGUAAAUAUUUUUCACUUUAUUUUUAGUGAUGUGCUGAGUCGAUAUUUUCAAGUAUUGAUCGAAACUCGGUACCGAUUUAAAAAGUACCUUACAGUACAUACUAGACCCACAAGAAAAAAAUGUUGUACAGAGAUUCGUUUUACAAUAUUGGUAACGUUUUUCAUAAUAAAAUUUUUUCGUUUAUUUCUUAUAAAAAUAUAGUUAUAUA